AUGGAAUCACCAGUUUCCCAUUCAAACCACCUCCAGCCUUCAGCUCAAACAAAGAUAAUAAACUUUACUCAAUUUGAAGAAUUUUCCAACAAUUCGAAAUCAGGAACUAAUUAUGAAGAUCAGAUUCAUGAAGUUUCUUCAGUUUCUGAUUGUGAAAGUGGAAUUUUUGGCUUCGACAGUGAGCAAGAAAUAUUUCAUCUAUUCAACAAUGGCUUGAUCAGAAUUCAUGAGGAGGACAAUUUAUAUGAGAUUAUUAAGAAGCAGUUGGUUUCAAGUUUGAGUUGUGUGGGAUUGGAUGCUAAAAUUGAGGCUAUUCAUAAGAAUACUUAUUCUGGCAUUAUGAAUCGAGCAAAAUUUCAGUCUUUCUGUGUUUAUUUAAGAGCCACAAAGGAAAGAUGUGGGGGCAGCCCUAUGGUUAAAUAUGCUUGGUAUGGUGCUUCCAAGAAUGAGAUUAACAGCAUUAUUUUACAUGGUUUUGGCCAUUCUGUGAAUAGUGGAGUAUAUGGUCACGGUAUCUAUCUCUCUCCGGCUGAUCACCCUGCUGAAAGUAUACAGAUAUCUGUUACUGAUGAUGAUGAUGAUGGGCUAAGGCACCUGUUGCUUUGCCGUGUUAUAUUGGGAAGGAUGGAGGUUGUUCGUCCAGGUUCGGAACAGUAUAAUCCAAGUUCCGACGAAUUCGAUUCCGGGGUCGAUAAUUUAGUGUCUCCUAGAAAGUACGUAGUUUGGGCUACUCGAAUGAAUACUCAUAUCUUGCCAGAGUUUGUGAUCAGCUUCAGAAUUCCAUCUAAUCUUAAAAGAAAUCAGAGGAUUCCGCCUCAUCUAAGACUACCAAAUUCAGCAUGGAUACCGUUCUCGGAACUCAUAAAUAAACUUUCCAAGUUCUUACCUCCUCAAGCUAUCCAAUUGAUUGCAAAGCAUCACCGUAACCAGAGAGAGAAGAAAAUAACAAGGCGUGAACUGAUUCAGCAAGUNCAUGUCCAGGAGAAGAAAAUAACAAGGCGUGAACUGAUUCAGCAAGUGAGAUCCAUAGCAGGAGACAAGUUGUUGGCUGCAAUUAUAAAAUCUCAAACAAACAAGAUGAAAACAUCACAAAGCAGCAGCUCAAGCAACUGA